AUGAUUCUAGUUUUACUACACAGAGCAUGGGUCCUUGUUUAUAUGACUUCGAUUGCAAGAUUAUGGUCCGGUGGGGGUACCGGGAGACAAGUGAAAUACCUGGGUAGGCACAAGCCUAUAAUGCGGCCACAAUUGAGGGUGGAAGCAUGGACGAAGAUAGGGGAUACUGGGCUACUGGAUCACCUCCUUAAGCAUAUGGCCGGAAAGCUUGCGUUGGGUGGAAUAGAGACGUUUGGAAGGCUGCAUAAUGCUGAUGGAGCAAUGGACUAUUGGUUAGAGAGUGCUGAUCUUGUUAACAUUCGAAAAGAUACUAGGGUAAGUAACCGACCUAUAUGGGGUGCCACCACCUGGUUGGAAUUUGGAAGCCUGGUGAAUCUCCAACUCAGGACCCAACUUGUGCUAGAGAUAUAA